AGUAGUAGGUGGUCUGGCCGACUCAGAACAACAACAACACCAGUGAGGCAUAGGGAGAGAGAGAGUGUGAAACAACAGUGACAUUGUCCACUUUUCUCCCUUGCUCCCCAGUUGGCUGGGUCUGUUGACAGACUGUUACUUUAGGCGGGACAGGAACAGGGAGGGUAUAUGCCUUGCUUUAUCACAAUGGACCCAGGGGCUUGGUCCCACUAUUAGGAGCCCCCUCCCCCACCCCCUGUGGGCAUAGAGUGUAGUUGUACUUGUCUCUGCCACUGCUAUUAUCAAGGAUCCUGGCCCCAUUCUUCACUUGGUGACAAUCCCUCAGGCUGCCUGCUAGAUUAUAAUCCAGGCAAAAUUCCGGAAAUGCUGUGGGAGACCCUCUACAUGUGUACACAGUACCAAGGUCUAACUUUCUGAUAACACUCAGGAUUUUGGAACCUGGUGGACUUAGGACUGACUGUCCUGAAUUUGGGGGAUUUAUAUACUCUGUACAGUAUAUAUAUAUAUACGUGCCUCGGAUCAUUACUGAAAGGAGAUGUAGGAUUCUGACCUUUCUAGGAAGGAUUGGAUGUACAUUUCGCAGUAGUACAGCGACCAGUUUCACUUUGUGCUUCUAUAUAUACAUAUAUAUAUCAGCCAAAGUCAGAGUGCGCUCUGCCUUUGUGUUAAAAAGCUACGGAUUAUUGCAAAGAGUUAGUUCUGUGCCCGUGCUCACACAGAUUUACCUGUGCACAUGCUAGCCAGGUGUUUCAGACAAAGUUGUCUACAGGUUGUUGAAAAGAAUAGGCCUAUAUUUGUGAUCAUGUUUGUUUGACAUGGACAUUUACCUGAGGAGCAUUAAGUACGGAUGUCAUACCUGUGCUAAGGUGUACUAAGACUAAGACAGUUUAAUGUCACCUGCCAUGGACCCAUCUUUAUACCUGGAUGGGUUCUCUUCACAAGUAAACUUGAGCUGAGAAGUGUAGAAGUCGCCAGCUAGCACAGGCGAAGGCUGUUGAUUUGAGCUGACUUUUGUUAUUUUCAGUCCAAGGUAGGCCCCAAGCCAGGUGACUGCAAACAUUCAGCGUUGGGAAGAAAAGCGAGCUAUAUUCCCCAGCUGAUCAGAAAACAGAAAGUGAACAUUUUUUUAGUGUAGGGAUUUUUUUGUUUUUUAUUCUCUAAUCUGUAAAAAGAUACUGGCAACAGCCGUGAAUUUGAAUGUAUUUCCGAGAUUGAAUUUUUAAGAUUUUUUGAACAGUUUUUAUUCCCACUUUGAAACUGGCAACGGCUGUGAAUUUGAAAUUGUUUGCCAACCAAACAUGGGAGAGUAUUACGUAGGCAAACAGUCUGACGUAACGUUAACAGGAAUGAUGCUACGCCGGAACUCCUCAAAGCGUGGCUCGAACCGCUCUAAGCGAUCAUCCAUUCGGAAUUCCCGUGAGCUGGACGCUAACAUCGCGCGUAAGAUGGUGGAAAUGGAUGAUGUGGCCCGACCCGGGUGUUUGCCCAAUAUUUGGUGUGGAGGAGGAAAGAUGAACAUCCCGCACAGGAUCCUCACCCCUGAUGAGCCCCUGAAGAGAAGCAGUAUGGACAGUGACAGCAGUCCUGAUUACCUGGCCGGGCCUUCUUCAGUCGACGGCAACAGCCAGGGCAGUCAAGAUUCCUUGGACAGACGGGCGAGUCUGCCACGGAUGAAAAGUUAUGAUGCUGUGGUGUUCGACGUUCUUAGAGUGUCACCGGAAGACUUUGCUAGCCAAAUUACUUUAUUGGAUUUACCAAUAUUCCAGUCCAUACAGCCAGAUGAAAUGACAUCGUGUGCAUGGACAACCAAAGAGAAACUAAUCAAAGCCCCCAAUGUUGUAGGUUUUACAAGAAGAUUUAACCAUGUCAAUUUCUGGGUUCAAAAAGAGAUUUUAAGUUCCCAGAGUUUGAAGAAUAGAGCUGAAGUUUUAUCCCAUUUUAUAAAAAUAGCCAAGAAAUUACUUGACCUUAAUAACCUUCAUGCUGUGAUGGCUGUGAUCUCGGCUCUUCAGAGUGCCGCUAUUUUCAGAUUGUCUAAAACCUGGAUGAUGUUGUCCAAAAAGGAUAAGUCCAUGUAUGAGAAGAUGGCCGACCUGUUCUCAGAAAACAACAACAGACAGAAGUUAAGAGACUACAUGGACAACGUCAGGUUACCUUGUAUCCCAUAUUUAGGUUUAUACUUAACAGACUUGAUCUACAUUGAUGUGGCUCACCCACAUUCAGGAGGGCUAGAAAGUCAUCCCAGACGGAUACAGAUGAACAAUAUCCUCCGUAUUAUAGCGGAUUUCCAGCAAUCCAAUUAUGAUCACCUUCCAGUGCUAGACCACAUCCAGAACUAUCUCAAGUCUGUAAGAUAUAUAGAAGAGUUACAGAAGUUUGUGGAGGACGAUAACUACAAACUUUCGCUGCGGAUAGAGCCGCCUAAUGUGUCACAGUCCCCUUCUGGCUCCCGGGAAGAUGUCUCAAAGAUCACACCCAGCUCCCCCAAAACAGAGCCCCGGGCUCUUCCAGGGUCGACCCGAUUCACCCCAGGGCACAGAAAGGCCAGAAGUUUAAGUGCCAAUUUCAUGAGCUGUACCCACCCGGCUGAGCGUACCUUUAGCCUUCCCUCCAAAACGACGGCACCAUACAUACAGGGUAUCCGCCACCUACUGGAUGACAGCGUGCUGGAGGAGUCACCGUGCGCCUCCAGCGAGAGCUCCGUGUCCAGUAAAUACAUAGGUAUGCCUGCUUCGGGGACGAUAGGCCAUUUUUGGCCACUUUCAUCAAAAUUUUCAAGUUUGGAGGAGCCCUCCUCAACGAUGUACCAGCAGAGCUUCACCUGUGAAGGUUGCUUGAGGAGGAAGACACUGCUCAAGGAUGGGAAGAAACCUACAGUAUCUUCCUGGACAAGGUACUGGGUGGCUCUCUGGGGAACAAACCUUUUGUUUUACCCUUCAAAGACUCUACGAGGCUCCGAGAGACCAGAUUACAAAUCAAAUCCCAGCAAAAUGGCCUCUGUGGUUGGUUGGAUGGUCGUCAUGGGAGAUAACCCUCUCCAGCCAGACGCAUUCCAGUUAACAGAUCCCAUGAAAGGGAAUGUGUACAAGUUUCGAGCUGGGACACAGACUCAAGCUUUACAGUGGUGCAGAUAUCUCACAGAGGCAACUAAGAGGUUUCAGCCACGGCCGCCUACAAAUUUGAUGUCAUUUGACUGAUGGAGUUAUCUCCCUUUCAUGUGAUAAAAGAAAAACAUUGUUCAACCUUGGGCUUCCACGAACUCUUUGUUACGCGGCUGCUGAUUGGUUAAGCAGAUUGCGGGAGGGGCUUGUCAACCCUGUAAAGUUUUGACGUGAGAGUUGCUGUUUUUGCAGUUCUCUAGAGAGUGUGUUCAUGGAGGGAGUUCUGGACAAAGGAGUUCAGAUGAACCUUGCCAAGAUUUUGUGAACAGAACGACCGUAAAUUCCUCUACAGGAGUUCUCGCUGCUGAGCUUUAACAGGUUGUGUUUUAUCUCUUUGUUGUUGUUGUUGAUGAUGAUGUGCGCUCUCUGUUCGCUUUUCACUUUCGAGUGAUAACGACGAAAGAACUUGAUCCGUCGUCGUAUUCAAACCAUGCAGCACAAGCCGUAGCUGCUCAUUCUUCAUUCUUCGCAUUUGAGCCAAGGAACGAAAAGUGGCCUGUGAGCCUCUGUACUGUCACGUCUACAUUUCCUGGUUCCUGCACAUGCGAAGACCCCCCCCCCCCCCCAUCCUUUAUGCUGGUCAAGUAUCGGUGUUUGAUUGGUACUUUGGGAUUCGACAUUGAACAGCAGACUGAUUGUGAGGACGCCAUUUCGUUGUGAGGACGAUGGUCAUGAUAAGGCAGAUUCUCAUGACCGGCCGAACAACUGGUCUCCUAAGACAGGGCUUUUGGUGGUUGUUGCCUUUCUGACUGCUCGUUACAGGUACAAAUGGUCAGUGAAUACAGGUCGUACUGCAGCCUGUGGACAUUUAUGCCUUGGAUUGUGAGUGUGUAUCUUCUUUGUGCGCGAAACGGGCUUAGUGUCAUCAGGGAGUGUACAGGGAUCGGUUAAGGUACCUUACGCAGUUUGCUGCUGGAUUCUAUGGACGCUGUGUGUGCGCUACGCUUUGUCUUUCAUGUGCAGUCCUUCUGCAACCCCUCCUGCUGACAGAUACAACGGGAUGUGCUGUGCAGAUAUGUGUGAUUUUGAAAAAAAAAAAAUGCUGAAAGCUACAAUAUUUUCAACAGCAGAGGCGGGAGGAAAAUAAGCAGGACUUUUGAUGUGCUUGAUGCUCUGUGCUGAAUGUCAGGUUUUAUGUUUUUUAAACCAUUUCAUUUGGCUAAUGAAUUACAUAUACAGAUCUCAUAUCUCUUUUGUUUAGUUUUUUAACAACUAAUACCAGUCUGAAACAUAUUGUUGUUAAGCAUUAAUUAGUGCCCUGGGUGUUUUUUUUUUUGUGUGUUUUUGUUUGGUAUUAAAGACAAUUUCCAGUCGUUAUAUUCUCAGUUUGAAAUCAUUGUGUGCAAGCCGACAUUUUUACCUUUAUAGAUUGUCCGAUUUUUAUACGCAUUAGUGGUAAGCAGUACAUGUUGGGCAAGGUUUCGGCCAGGUUUUCUGACCAGUACAUUGGAGGCAUUGUGUAUUAUCAGUUUUUAGAUGUAACAGUAUUUUUGCCUUACAAAAGCAAUUCGUUAAAACCAAACGUUUUAGAUGCAUAUUCAUCAAUCAAAACAUAAUCAUUUUUUAUCCAUCAUUGAUACCAUUAUAAAGCAUAUUAACAAUUAACUGUGAAUGGUGUGAUAAACGCAAAAGCUUUACAUUGAAAUUAAACUACAUACGUGUGUACUCACACAAUUUUGUUCAGUUGCAAUAUUGGUGAUACCCUGGAAAGCUAAUUUACAACCACUUUUGAUCAAAGCUGGUUUCUCUCUCUACUUCUCAGUUCAUAAGAUCCUAAAUGCUGUUUCUUUAGGUCUGCUUUAAAGAGGCUUUGUUUUGGGGUUUUUUCUAGAAUUUUUUUGGUUGCGUUUAUCUUCCAUUAUGAUGAACCCGACCAUUGAAGUCUUUGUCUUUGAUACUUCAAUCUCACCAAAGAUCAAUUAUACAAGCCCUGUUAUUGAACGAAGUUAAAUAUGUACACACAUUCUUCACUAUUGGUAGUCAUUUCGCCAGCUCUACAAGAAAUGUACCAGUCAUAAAUGUACCAGUCAUAAAUGUACCAGUUAAAUGGACAACAGUAAACCAUUGUGCUGCUCAUGGUAUAAGUCUGCAUUGUAUAAACAUUUUGAUUGUUAAGAUCAAAUUCUGUCCUAAAAUUCAUUGCUAAUUAAUGAGAUUUCUUGAAGCUUCCUCAUGGCUGCUUGCGUCAGAACAACAUCAGCCUGUAUAAAUGGAGGUUGUAAACAAAGAUUUUUUUUUGGCACAGGAUAUUGUAUCUUCAUUUUUCGCCAGUAAUCUGUUUCGUGUCAAAUUUCGUUUUCGUACAUGUAUCAGUUUGCCGUUAAGCAAGAUGUACGUCUUCAGCAAGUUUUUUUCCCAGUCUACAUGUGCAUGUCAUUGUAUAAUUGUACUGACUUACUGUAUUUUACCUAAAGGUUUAACCUUUUUCCAAUUCACCUAUUUUGCUUGAUUUUGAUUGUUUCCUCCACCUUAAAGGAGAAGAAAAUUUAAUUAUCAAUCAAAUACCAUUGAAAGGAGUAUGCAUUUCCUCACAGGUGCAUGCCAUAAAAAAAUUUUAAUUUGUACCUCGAGUUGAUAAAUUAUUAAUAAAGUCAGUGCCAAAAUCUGCUGUGGGCGACUCCAUUUUGCCCAAGAACUAGUCCUGAAGUCUUCUGUGUUAGGAGGAGAAUUGCUGUCGGAGACCGCCAAAGUGCAGUUCGUACAUUUCCGGUAGAACUCUUCCUCCCAGAAGGUUGUGAACAGUACAGUUCGUUUGACGAUCAGGAAACCGGAAUGUUGGACAUAGAUUCCGAGUUUAAACGAGCAAGCCGACAGUUUUAACAACUGUCAUUGGCUGAGAGGCAACACACCCCCAGCAUGAAUUACAAGGUGUUAAAGAUGGAGGACGCGAUUUAUGCCAGCUUUGCCCUUUGUAUGGUUAGGAAUAUCGCAAAAUUAUGCAGCAGGAACCAGCAGAUAGAAAAAAAUGUGCUCUUUUCAGCCUAUAGUGUCAUGUGUUCAGGUUUUCUUCUCCUUAAUAUAGGACC